AAUUGAGACGCCAACGUAUGGACAACACAAACAAAAGAGUGAACAAAACUAUUGACACUUUGAUUAUGUUUAUUGGUUUUUCAUCGAUUUCGCUUUGGGCCCGACAUUUUUCUCCAUCUCGCAUAUAAAGUUAGUAAGAAGCAUUGGACCAGUCCGCAGUACGGUGGCAAACUUUGAACCUCGCGCAGCUCGCGUUUAGAUCACGUAGAUCGCAUCGCAUCGCGUCUCAUAUCGGAAUUUCGAAUCAAACGAAAAAAAAAAAAAUAAAUAAAAUCGACAAUUAUCGCAUUAUCGCCAGACACAAAUCAAUACGAAAUUAAAUCAUAAUUAAACCCAGAUUAAAGUGAAGACUGUGAGAAAUAUGCGCAAUUUUCUCAUCACAUUGCUGUGCCUGGCGCUGAUCUCCUCGCAGCUGGAUGCGAGGCUCGUGAGGAUUCGUCGCAUUCGUCGCCUGGUCGGUGGCAGCGAACGUGAUGCCCAGAUAACGGAUUUUCGUGUCCAACCGCUGGACGAGAACGGUGUCUUUAAGUAUGCCUUCAAGACGAGCAACGGCAUCGAUGUCCAGGCAGCGGGAAGUGCUUUGGAAACGAUUGGCAUCUUUAGUUACACCUCGCCCGAGGGACAGGAUAUCGAGACACGCUACAUAGCCGAUGAGUUGGGCUUCCAUGUGGUGGGCAGACAUCUGCCCCAACCGCCUCCAACACCAAGCUAUAUACUGCGAUCAUUGGAGUACAUUCGCACCCACAACGAAGAUGGUUCGCCGAAAGUUCAUACACUGAUGGGUGCGAAUGUAUUCGAGGGCACGCAGCACAUAAGCGGGCACCGGGGGAGGAGUGGGCAGAUGAUCGCCAACUGGAUGGUAACCCUCCUCAUCGGCAGUGUAGCUCAGCGAGAUCUGUUCACCUUCGGGGGAGACAUAGGCGACGGCACCGCGAACACCCGAAGGAUUGCCGGCCUCCUGGACUUGAAUGCCAUUGCUUGUCUCGUAGGCAUACUGAUAGUUGCCCUCGGCAUCGGAUGCAUCAUUCUGGAAGCUGCGAAUCUGGGCGUCCUUGUUGAUGUUGUCGGCGCAGGCGCAGGCAAUGAGAGCGACACAGAGCACCUGAAGUGGAGUGGAGUGGAGUGGAACAACACAAGCAACAUGUUCAAGCUGUCCGUUUGCCUUAUUGCCGCCCUGGCCAUCUCCGCCGUCUAUGCUGACAACAUUAACAAGGAUGCCCAAACUAUCAGCGAGUCCAACGUUGCACCCGAUGCCGAAGGCAACUAUGCUUAUGCUUUCGAUACAACGAAUGGCAUUGCCGUACAGGAGGCUGGUAACCCUGCCGGAGUCUCUGGAGCUGUUAGAUACGUUUCGGACGAUGGAACUCCAAUCAGCUUGACCUACACCGCUGAUGAAAAUGGAUACCAUCCCGUUGGCGAUCAUUUGCCCACACCUCCCCCAAUCCCAGAGGCAAUCAUCAGAGCUUUGGAAUACAUCCAGUCUCAUCCUCAAGUGUAAUUGUUAAUGGUAGUAUAUAGACUAGACAUCAUAUCAUAUCGUGCAAUAAACCAAAAACUGAACUUGAUAUUUGAUCAAGUGAUGAACAGUGCUUAAAUUCAAAAAGAAAAUCAACUUUUAUUC